AUGUCGUCAUCCGGUUGGAGUCAUAAACCACGUCGCUCGCGUUCUUGUCGAAGCAGAACUAAUCGAGAGCCUGUUGAAUUUCAUCGUCAAAAUAUCGAACGUAUACAACGUCACUUUGAAAAGGAACUAAGUAGAAGCGAACGAGAAUUACGAUGGGCAGAAGAAAAUCUAGAUGAUGGAAGUGUAGCAUCAAGGCGAUACAUUGCAAAUCUUCGAAGUAAAGUUAAAUAUGAUUAUAAUCAGCUUAUGCAAGAAAAAGUUCAUGAAGUAGAAAAAUGUUUGAGCGAAAUUUAUGAAGAAGAACGUGAAUUAGCUGAACAAAAACUUCGAGAACAGGAAAUCGAAAAUGAACGAUUUCAUCGUCAAACAGUAAAUCAAAUUAUUCGUGAACGAGAUGCUAUGUGUGAAGAAAAAUUAGCUCGUCAACAAAGUCUUUAUAAUAAACUUCUCAAUGAACAAGCUAUACGUUUACAAGCUCAACAACGUCUUCAAACGUUCGAAUCGCUUAAUGUAUCGCAAAUGAAAGAUCGAUUAACUCGUGUCGAGCAAUCGAAUUAUUUGUUGAGACGAAGUGUUUAUGAUCUAAUCGAUCAUCAACAACCGGUGUAUAAGAGUACAGUUUAUAUACCGAGGUUCGGUGUUUAA